GUUAUUUGGAAUGCAUCAGAGUCAGUAGGGAAUUUUAAGAGCAGGUGACUGGUGAAGUGGCAAAGAGGAUCAAUGUAGACGGUGAGCAGUUUGAAGUUUGUAUAAUAUUGUAGGUAACGUGGUUGUAAGCUGUGAAAAUGGGGUGAAGGAAUGCUCAAAGCUCUCCCUAUGAUUAGUUAAUAUUUUCCAUUGCCUUCAUAACAUCAAGGAGGAAUCCAACCUGCUUUAUAGAUACUAUAUAUAUUCUGUUGCAGUGUAAAUUGUUAAAGUACAUACAAACAGAUAACUAAAUAAAUAAGUAAGAUCUCUGGAGAAGCACUGCUAAGGUAGUUACUUAAAUGGACCAUGUACAUUUUAAUAAUCAGAAUUUAUUUAUGGAAGAGAAAUGACCGGUACUGAAAGAUGGGAAAAAGAAAGUUAUGAGUUAGGAGAACAUAACUGGUAAUCAUUUUGUAGUGUUAAAUAAGUGAAAAUUCUUACAUAUUAAAAAAGAAAAAAAAUCUUAAACCAAGUAAUAUUUUUAGGGACUGGAACUUUCUUGACUUUAUCAAGACUCCUUUUAGUAACAAUAAGGAAUAGAUAAACAAAUAUCUAAAAAAAAAAAAAAAAGCCAGAAAGGAAAUAAGAUACUAUAUAUAAAAAUCCUAUUAAAGAAAAAGGCACCUCUCGAUCAGCUGAUGUUACGUCACCUCAACACGUCAGUAGCCAGUGGACUGCGUGAUGAGGGGAUGUGAUUGGGAUCAUUACUUACCCAGUGGUGAUGUCGAGAUCUAGAAUUCAGCUUGUACAGAAACCUUCGCAAGAUAAUAUUAAAAAUACAGAGAUAAGACACUAAAGCGUUUGAGAGUGGUGCCAGAACGAGAACGGAAAAAUAAUCCUGCCAGUGUUGUGAAGAUAAGUCAUGCUUUUGGAUUCCUACUCGUUAUUGACUAACUAAACGGCCGGCUUCCUACGAUAUCACAUCACAGCACACCGGUGAAGGAUCAAACAAGACUACACUUCCUAUCUGCAUCACUUCACCCAGCACAAGGAACUGCGUGGAAUGUUUGUGUUCCACCCAAACUCCCUGGGCACCUCGAGGCUCUUCCUCCUCGCCGCCGUCAUUUGCUUGCAGGGUGAGGCAGUGGGCGGCGCAACGCACCUGGAGGGAGUGGUGAGGCGCGUGGCCCAGCACCACCUGGCGCAAUGUUACCUGGUGGUGGUGACGACGGAGGGACGAGCAGCAGACCUUAACCCUGUGGCCAGAUCGCUGUGGGGAAUGUUUUACCCCUUCCUGUGGGUGGCCGUGGGUGCCGCUCCCGCUCCUGCCUCCGUGGUGCGUGGCCUGCAGGAGAGGGACCCUGGCUUCAGCUGCCGAGCUUUCCUGCUGGAUCUGUCACGGCCUGCUGACUCCAUGCACCAACUGAAGUUCCUGGAGGAUACACACUUAUAUUUAUGGCCGGAGACAAGAGUGCUUGGUGUGGGACCGCCCAUGCCCACCCCUGCUGACACCCGCGCCCUCCUAACACACCCCGCCCUCCGCAACACUCCACAUGUCCUGUACCUCGCUCUCCACGCCCACGACGCUCCGCCGGACGCCCUGAAGUCUGGAUUGAUGCCCCGGGCGACAGGAGAGAGAUGUGACGCGGUGCUGGAGGAGGGAGGGCGAGAGAGAGGUGUUCCCGCGGGGGCUUGUGGUGAGGGAGGGAGUGUGAAGGUGUUCCGCCGAUGCCUCUACUGCCUGGCUGGUGAGGUGGAUGUGCUCCUGGUGACCCGAUGGCGUGCUGGUGGUGCUGGCGGUGGUGGCGGUGGUGGUGGUGGUGGUGGAUCUUCUGUAGAUCUUUUUCCUGAUGAGUUCGGAAACCUUGCUGGCCACCGGUUCCGGAUCGUGUCGAUGGACUGGUACCCGUUCCUUUCCUUCCGCCGAGAUUCCAACGCCUCGGCCACCACCGUCACGCCCCUGGACUCCCUUGACUUCAGGAUGCUCUCAGCCGUCUCCAGCGUCCUCAACUUCACGUAUGAGAUGCGGGUGCCGUGGGACAACCAGUGGGGCGUGUCGCAGGAGAACGGCAACUGGACGGGCACGGUGGGGACGUUGCAGCACCACGGGGCGGACUUCUCCAUGCUGUUGUCCUGGCUGCCCUCGCGCAUGGCUGUGGUCGACUACUCCCGCGUUUACAUUUCGGAACCCCUGGUCAUCGUCACGCGCAAGCCCGGCCCGCUUCCACAGAUCUUCGCCCUCGUCAGACCCUUCCCAGGUGGCUUGAGUGUUAUCUCCCUUCUAUAGAGAUAGAUUGAUUGAUGGAUAGAUAGAUAGAUGGUUUAUUGAUCAAGAAAGUUUCAUAGCAAAAAUUAUAUAUAACAUUGUCUUGACUUUGAAAUUUUGCUGUUUGUACAUUGAGUAACAUUCCCCUUCUAGAUAGAUAAAUAGAUAGACAGUUUGUUGAUCAAUAAAAUUACGUACAAGUAAUAAUAUAUGAUAUUUUGUCUUGAUUUUCAAAGAAUUUUACUAUUUGUACAUUGGCAA